CGCCGCAAGUGGCGCGAAUAUAUGAGCGAGCUUGCUCCUGGCCUCGAAGUCGAGCUUGGAAUUGACGACUUACUCGGCGAAGUGCUCGACUCAUUCAUUGAGAGUGCGGCCCGUGAUGCCGUUCGCCUCGCCGCGCACCGCCGCAGCGCUCGGGUCGAGGCGAAGGAUGUCGGACUAGUCCUCGAACGGCAGCACAAUAUCACGGUUGCGGGUUUCGCC